ACUAUGUAACAAGAAGAACAACUGCACAAUUGAAACACUAUAUAUAUGAGUGCAAAAGCGCGCAAGCCGGGGGAAUGUGAAUUUGAUCAACAACGAUGGAAGUCAACAAUUCUUCGAGAAAUUCAAAGCUUCUCAACACACUCAAACCCUUGAUCCUUCUAGGGUUAAUCUUCUCAUUGCUCACUACCCAUACAGUUCUCGCCAAAUCUCGCCGUCCAGUCACUGAUGCUGAAACCCGGCAAAAGAAGCAGGAGUGUUACGCCGAUAUCGAGAGUGGAUUGUGGGGUUGGCAAUGCAGAUCUUCAACUACCGAAAAGGAAAAUUGUGCCCUGCGAUGUCUUUCUCCUACUUGUUACGAUCUAGUUUAUGGUAGUGAUCCGCUCGAGGAAGGAGAGAAGGACCUUGCUAGGAGUCAAGAGUACAAGUAUUGUAUAUAUAAGUUGUCAAUGGGGGAGAGUCUAGAGGGUAUUAAGGGAUCCUUUGACUACUGACGUUUUUGAAGAUUGUCUGUGCUAUUUAACUGUCUGAUGUUCCAUUAUGCCCUGUCCUUCUGACUGCCUUUUAGCAUUUGGGUCAAAAUAUAAGGUACAAUUCCAUAAUCCUCAGUUCAUAUUUUUCUUCCUUUCUCUCUCUUUCUCUCCACAUUAAAUCGAGAAAUAUGAUUACAGCAACAAAGGAAUGAAAAGCUUGGAAUGGAAAUGGCAACUACUUAUAAAAAAUUCAAUUAAUGAGUGCAACUUUAACCUUUUCUUAAGUAGAUUACAAUAGUUUGAAUUGCAAAUUUAGGCCCUAUAGUUUGGAGAGGGUUAGAUUUUAGUCCUACGGUUUCCAAAAUUAGAAUGUCAUCCUCCAUGGUUCUUAUAAUUGUUUGAUAUUGAGAUUUUUAUGAAAUCAAGGGACUAAGUUUGGUCCAAAUUUAUAAGUUA